GCAUCUGGAACACGCGGGCACGCCACUGGCUGACCCUGACGGGGACACAAAAGGAGAAAGAGGAAGCAAGUCCCCCGAGAAAGCGGUCAGAAUUGGAGUGCAAGCGACGCGUCGAGCUCGUGCCCCCAUCCCGUUCCCGCCCCGCGCCUAGCCGAGAGAUCUGCGCCGUCGUCGGCACCGAUCCGUCCGUCGACUCGCCGGCGAACGAAUAGAGAUGGAGGAGACGGCGGCGGCGGCGGCGGCGGCGACGGCGACGUCUGAGAAGGCGUCGUCGUACAGGUACUGGGUGCGGGAGGCCACCGGCGACGCCGCGCCGCUCCCCGUCCCGCGCAAGCUCGACCCCACCGCCAACGGGAACGGGAACGGGAACCCGCCGCCCCUCGGCUCCGUCUGGAAUCAGGCUGGAACCUGGGAGGAAAAGAACCUCAACUCAUGGGCCAAUGGUAGGAUAAAGGAUUUGCUGGGCUCUUUAGGUUCAUUGGACUUCCCUACAGGGAAGGCAUCCAUUGAUGAAGUGUCCAAGUGCUCAGGCGAUGCAUUUCAGGUCACUGUCCGCAACAAGAAGAGAGUAGGAUAUAAUUAUGAACUAAGCUUGAGAUUUAAAGGUGAAUGGUUAAUUAAAGAAGAAAACAAGAAGAUCAAAGGACAUUUAGACAUUCCUGAGUUUUCAUUUGGUGAGAUUGAUGACUUGGAGGUACAAGUAAGGUUCAGUGAUGACAAGGGCCUCGCAUCUGAAGACAAAACACGGAUUUGCAAGGAUCUCAAGACCUUUCUGGCGUCGAUUCAAGAGAAAAUGCGCGUGUUUGAAGAAGAGCUCAAAGGUAGAUAGCAAGUAUAUUAGCAAGAAUAGGCAGUGCUAGGUAAGUUACUUGGCGCUGCCGUGCUAGAUUUGAGUAAAACAUAUCAAAUUGAGGUGUUGACGUCUUGUGGUGUCGCCACGUUCUGAAGUCGUCUUUGGAUGACUGGAACUGUAUGUGUUUCAUGUUAUGUUAUGCACUUGCUGAGAUGAGCACGUACGAACUGUCUAAACCAUCUCUUGAUCCUCCUCAUUUUCGGCAUAUGAUAGUAAAGAAAUUUAAUAUAUUUAUGCAUGGAUGCUAUGAAUA